UUUUCACAAAAAACAGCACCGAUAUUAAACAUUUUCACCGUGCAAACCCAGCCUGACCCAGCCUGCAUCCCUCCUCUCUCCUCCCUCCUCCUGCUGCUCCAUCCUGCCCGGUGUGUGUUGGAUGUGUCGGCCGACUGCAGCGAUGCUCGCGCUGCUGAGCGCCUGGCUGUGCGCUGCGCGUCUGUGCGCGGCGGGGAGAAGCCAGCAGCUCAACUACCGACCGCUCAUCGGUGUGUUGGCGCAGGAAAACCUUCCAGGAGACCAGUUUGCUCGUGGCUCCUCGUACAUCGCUGCCUCCUAUGUGAAGUACCUGGAGGGAGCCGGGGCUAGGGUGGUACCCAUCAGAAUCAAUCGCACAGAAGAUGAAUAUGCUAAGACAUUCUACUCAAUAAAUGGGUUGUUGCUCCCGGGAGGAGACGUAGAUCUUCAAACAUCGUUGUUCAGUCGAGCCGCCAAGAUCUUUUACAACUUGGCUCUGAAGGCCAACGAUGCUGGAGACUACUUCCCUGUCUGGGGAACUUGUCAGGGCUUCCAGCAGCUGUCUGUCCUCACAGCCAAUAAAAACCUGCUCACCCUCACUGAUACCAUGGCUGUGGCUCUGCCUCUCACUCUCACACCAGCGGCCCAGUCCAGCCGUCUGUUCCGAAGUUUUCCCAAGGAUCUGCUGCAGUCUCUGGCAGAGGAAAACAUCACUUCCAACUUCCACAAAUGGAGUCUGUCUAUGCAGAACUACAGCCGAAAUGCCAAGCUGAAGAGGUUUUACAAGGUCUUGUCCUCUAACAAUGAUGGGAAGAGAGAAUUCAUCUCCACCAUGGAAGCCUACCGCUACCCAUUUUAUGCAGUACAGUGGCAUCCAGAGAAAAGCUCCUUUGAGUGGAUAGAUAAGCCGGGCAUGAUUCACUCCACUGCUGCUAUAAGAGCCUGCUUCUACACUGCCAGCUUCUUUGUCUCUGAAGCCAUGAAGAACCAGCACCAUUUCUCCAGUCCUGUGGAGGAAGAGCGAGCUCUCAUCUAUAACUUCUCUCCCAUCUACAGAGGCAUCCACACCAUCUUUGUGCAGAACUAUUACUUUGAUUGAUGGACAGUACCGAAGACGACACUGACCCGGGCCGAGUCUAGUCAGCAUGUGUCAUUAGUAGAAUAUCUUGGUCCAAAUUUCAAAAAAGCUUUAUGGUGUUGUCACUUAAGUAGCCUCAAACAUCGAGUCAAUGAUUAGCAGUUUGGCUUAGCUGAUUUGCACAGUAAUAUGAAAUGUAUAAGUGCCAACAGGACAGUAAUGAAAUGCAGUGUUAAAUAACACAAGAAGAAAACCAAAUGUUAAAUUAAAAAAUCAUAAGAUUUUAGUUGGAAAAAUACUAAAACAAAAUGCAGAUACAAGGCCAUAUGUUGUUAAAACUGGCUUCAAUCCAAAUCACCAUAUGGUGUCAUUUUUUUUUUAACAUGGCUGUAAAAGGACAGUAGUAACAUUAAAGGGACUAUAUUCUGCCUCCAAGUAUAUAGGCCCAAUAAUUAAGUUAAAUAAAAAAUAAACAUAAAGAUAGUGAUAAAUACUUGAAGAAAAAUACAACCCUAAAUUCCAAAUAUCCAAUUGUCAGGGUAUCCCUUUCAUUGCGGCAUAUCUAAUAUACAAAUAAUGACAUCCCCAUGAUUUUAAAAUGCUUCAUACCUCUGCUGGUGUUUACCACCAUUAAAUGACAUCUGUCUCCUAACAUCAUAGUUGAAGUCACUGGAUGUUAGGAGGUUUUCCCUGGGGAUACCCUAUAGUGUUGUCUUCUGUGUGUAAUUCCUUUGUGUGUCCAAUAGCGGGAAAUGGGGCUGUUUGUUUGAGAGAUGCAGUAGUUUUGUAGUUAUUUUUGGUGACUUGCGUGACGUGGGGGAGAUUUUUUUCUUGUCUCUGUGUGAAAAUUGUAAAUCAAUGUAAGGUAAGUGUUGUCUGGCUGGUGCACUGAAAGUUACUUUGACGUGAGCGGUGUUCCCCUGAGGCCUGAGGCCUGUACUACGAAGCCAGUUCAACAUACCCUAACAACUGAGAUCACGCUAAGCGGUCCUAUGAAGCUGGUUAUCAACUCAGUAAAUCAACCCAGGGUUUCUCAAUCUGGUUAUGAGCUUGUUCACAGGAACAGGGAGGUGUUUGUCCACAGCUUUGCAGACGGACAGAGCGGCACAUUUUACAAAGAGUAAACUAUAUUAGACAAAUACGAAGAAGUUAAACACAUAUCCAGGCUAAAAGUAACACAGUUGAAGCUGCCAAAUGCAGGAAGAACAGCUGGCAAAAGAAAAAAACUGAUGUGUGAAUGCGUAAAUUAACAGACUUAUUAAUUUAAUGGAACACUCAAAAGUAAGAUAUACUCGUCUAGAUAUAAAUAGCUUUUAAAUGUAUAAUGGAUGACUGGAUUACACCUAAUUGUUUCAAUCUGUUCCGUUCUUCAAUAACCAUACAGAAUGGAUGGUUAAAGCAUUGUACUUGCUUACUUGUGACUUUAUUUAGUACGACAGUCCACAUGUUAACUCAGCUCUAGCUAGCAUUACUUUGGUCUGUGUCACACUCUAACAGUUCCCCGGAACAACAACAACUAGGAACCAACAAUCCUAGUGUUAUAUCUUUUCUUUUUUUCUUUGAAGUAAAGUCUCUUACUCUUAACAUAUCACUUGUCUUAACUUAAACUCAGUGACCAAUAUUAUAAUUAAACAAAAAAUGUAUAUUCUCAACAUCAGUCAGAAUAUGAAUUAUUAAUGCCACUAUCACUUGGAAACAAAUAAAAUGAUCCUCUCUGGG